UUUUGAAAGGUCAUCUCGUCCUUCCCCCAGCCUCCAAGCGGACUGCCCCUCCCACCCUAAACCCGGACAUACCAGGGAAGGAGCUGGCUCUGCCGCUCUUUCUGCCCCAACAUGCACAGACUCGGGAAGUUCUUCCUGGGGUUUUAUCUCAAAGCCUCUCCCUUACAAUUUCUGUCUCUCUUUUGGGGGAGGAGGAGGGGCGAUUAUAGAGAUAGUUAAUGUCUGCCGUAUAAGAAACAUUAUUAAAGUUACUCUCCGGUCCUUUCUCUUCUUGAUAAACAAUUCCUGCUCCUUCCUCUCGAAUUCUAUUUUUCCAUUCCUUAAGUCACUUUAAUGGCUCUUCAAUACAACAAAUAUUUACUGAGUGUUUACUAAGUACCAGGCACCAAUGCUCAGCGCCGUGGGGGAUGAACACAUGAGGGGAAUGUAGUACCCUCCCUGGAGGAGAUUGUAAUCCAGACAGGGACUACAAAUUUGUAAGUAGGAUACUUAGAUUUAAUCAAUAUUUACCGAAUGCCUGUCCACAUAUUUAAUAGUAUAUAAUCUUUCUAAUAACACUGUGAAAUAUAAUUGGUCUGCAUUUACAGGUAAGGGAAAUGAGGCUAAAAGAGUCGCUUUCCACUGGCCUACCAGCUCAGGGAUACUGAGCCCAACAUCUCACAUUCUAUCAGGCCAUUGCCACAAAAUAAAAUUAAUGUACAUAAGGAUCGAGGAGGGGGUAGACACACAACAGCUCUCAGGGUCCCUUUAAAUGUGAUUUCCACUCCCCAGGAAAGAAGAGUGGGCACAGUGUUCCAGUGAGUGUUGGCCCAGCACUGAGCAGGGCAGAAGUGGCUUACAAAGGCCACUUGCCUCCCAGGACCCUGCCUCCUGGUACUAACUCCUGGGGGUCUUCUGGCUCAGUCGUCUUCUGUCAUCAAUAAUAAUAAUAAUAGCCACUAACAUUUAUUGAGCAUGUAUGUGCCAGGUGCUGGACUGAGUUGGUUCAUAUGCAUUUUCUCUUUUAAUACUUAAGGCAAUCUCUUGAGAUUGGUAUUCCCUUUAUUGAUAAGGAAACAGCGAGAUUAAGUACCUUGCCCAAGGUCACCCAGGUAGAUCUGGGCUUUGAACAUAGGUCUCAUUGCCCCCAGACCUCAGGCUCUGCACCAAGAUGGACUUUUCCUAUUUUUGAUGUACAGAAUAUAUAUUUGGGCUCAUGUGAUUCUGCUUAUUGUAUGAAUAAAUGACCCCAGCUUAGCUUCUGAAUAAGCCCUGUAGUAUAUGAGGUACAUCAGUAUGACCUCAUCAGCACCAUUAAUGGUUAUUAUGCACCUACCCUGAGUCAACAACCCUUCACAGUCAUAUUAUUAUCCCCCUUUUAAUCACUCAGUUUCAACAAACUGAGGUUCAAAUUGGUAGAAUAAUGUAUCCAAGGCCACACAGGUCGGAAAGUGGCAGAGCUUGCCUGACUGCAAGGCAACUUCUGUCCCUCAAAAAUAUUAAUUGUUGCAAUAGUGUCCUUCCCAAAACUGACCAUUUAAGGACCAUCUUCUAUACAUGUCUAGCUGCAGGUUAUCACUGAGUCAAAAGCAAUCCCUACUAUAAAUAGAGCUCUCCAUCCACUUAGUCAGUGUCCGAUCCAGAGUAAAUCCUUCAAGAAAGGAAUGAGAGAGGAGAAACUGUCCAGAAAGUGAGAGACAGGAAGCCAGGUCUUGGCUGGUCUUGGGACAAAUCUUCAAGCAGUAAUGAUGGGACUAAUUCAGAGGGUAAUGUGGGAUUUCCCUAGGGAACAGCAAGUAAUUUGAGGAGAAAGCCCCCUAAAAAAAGGAGAAAGAUUAGAUGGAAAUGGGGGAGAAAUUGGGGCCCAGGGUGGUAGUGUCCAUGUAUAAGGUGAGUGGAUGAGGUGAGUGAUCAGAAGAGGAACCCACGAUGGGCAGAGAUGGGGUCAGUAGGAAACAGGAACAGAAUGAGUUAGGGCUGGGUGUCUUGUGGAGUGAACUGAGGCUGGUAUCUACCCAGCACCACUCCCUGGAUCCUGAGGCCCUCAUAGGGACCUUUGCCCCACCACACCCCAGCCCUGAUAGCCUGUCUCUGCCAGGACAACUUUGUCUUCUGCUCUGAGCUACCAGGCCCUACCAGGAGCUCCAGGGCCAGCUGGGACCCAUCCCUUUGGAGCAGCUGCUUCAGACUAGGCUAGGAAGCACUGAGCUCUAGUGGUCAAGGGAGCCAUGGAGGAGAGAGCUGGUCAGCGAGAGCAAGACAGACCCAGCCUUCAAGACCGACCCAGCCUUCGUCUGGAAAAGCUACAGCACUGGGCCAGGCACAGGCAGAGUGGGCACCUCUUGGUGCUGGCGGUGAGCCAGCUAUGGCUGGCAGUGGCUGUGGUGCCCUUUGCUAUCUCAGUUGCCUGCCUGAACUCUGCUUGUCACAUGGCCACAGCACUGCCACUUGGGCCUGGCGUAAUGGGUCUCCUCACUGGGAUUGUAACCCUUGAGCUGCGCAGAGCACCCCGUCUCUGGAAGGUGCACGCCAUGAUGCUGUUCAACACCUUCAAUCUGAUCUUGGGCUUCAUCGCGUUGGUGGUCGAAGUGGCGAAGACAGCCUUGAUGUCUGCCCCAACUGUCCCCUCCCAGCUAGCCGGUUUGCUGGUGCUGGAGCUCAGUGCUGAGGCCUUCACCCUAGGCGGAGUGCUGGUCUCAGCAUACUCCCUGUUCCUGCUGAGCCAGAGGAAGCCAGGAUGCUGCUGGAGCCAGAAUCUGCACUACCAGGAGCUGCAGGAGGGUCUCUCAGAAUUAGAGGAAGUUCCUGAUUUGGAGACUGGUCCCACGGUGGCUAGCAGAGCAAACAGAACAAAUGAGUGAGCUGGCAAGAGGAAGCAGACAGGUGUUGCUUUCCUACCCGGCGGGAGCAUUCUCCAGACCCUCCUGCACCCCAUUCCACCGAACUCAAACUAGAUGGAGUCCCCUGAGACCUACUUGAAGUCUGGUGGAGUGCCUUCAAUCUUCAUUCACACUAGGCCCCUUUCUUUUUCCUCCCCUGCUGCGGAAAGCAAUACCUAGACCGAGUUUUAAACCACCUCACCGCCCUGAAAAUCUGCCCGCCUGCAGGAUAUCCUUAAACCAACUUUCAGCUAGACCCAUUUUCUCCCUUCUAUCCUCACCCUCCUUCCCCACUGCCUCCCCAUCCUGCUUCACAUAUGCCUCAUUUCACUGUUUCCAAGAUUUCCACCUUUCACAAUCCCAUCCACUAAAAACCCGUACACGCCCACUCUCUGAAAUCAAUUCACAACGGGUGCUUUCGUUCUCUCGCUUCGAUCCGGUUCCUUUCUACUCUAGCGGAGACUACAAAUCCCAGGAUGCCCAGCUACCCUGUGGCCCGCUGGGAAAUAAAGAACCUUCCCUCCGCGGUAGGGGCGCUGUGCAUCGGCUAAGUGACGCGAAACCCUGGAAGUCGGGGCUUAGCUGAGAGUUUCUUCGGACGCGACCACUGGCCCAGCGUGCAGGGAGGAGCCGGACGGGCUAUGCUGCGCGGGGGCGCCACCACCCCAACCUCGUAGUUAUUCUAAAGUGCAUCUGGAAGAAUAAACAAAUGAUAAUGAAAGAAAAGGAAGGAAGGAAGGAAAGGAGAAAGAAGGAAGAACGGGCUUCUAACAAGAAGAGUAAUAAGUUACCCAAUGUACACUGGGACCUAGAUUACAGCUGAGGACCUCUAUACCCAUCAAGAUCAUAAUAAAAUUAGAGUUCAAGCUGGUGGUGAUUCUGCACCAUGACAUUCUUAAAAACUUAACAAAUCUCUGAGAUAACGCUCUACCUUGAACCUCUGCUGAGACAGCUGAGGGCCUACACUCUGAAGCUUCCUGGAAGUCCUAUCAUUUGUCUGAACUGUUCUCUGAGGCACCACCUUGGAUCUUCCUAAGGCCUUAAUGAAAGAUUUUACUGUCACCCUCAGCUUCAUCUUUAUUGAUUGAUUGAUUGAUUGAUCGAUUGAUUGAUUGGCUGCACACAGCUUGCGAGAUCUUAGUUCCCUGACCAGGGAUUGAACCUGGGCCCUCGGGCAGUGACAGCAUGCACUCCUAAGCACUGGACCACCAGGGAAUUCCCAAAUCACCCAUUUCAUUAGGUACAUUUUCUACCACCUACACUACUGUAACAACAGAGUUGCUAAACUCUCUGCCACUGCAUAACACAGAAUUUUUUUCUCCAGUUUCCAAUAACACUAUCCUCAUGUUUAUUUAAGUCCCAUUGGCAGCCUUCUCAAAGGCUAUCCGAAUUUUCCUAACAGUCUCCUCAAAGCCUUUUAGACUUUCACUGAUACUUUCCUCAAAGUUCUUUCAGCUUCCUCCCACCGUACUGUCAAAGACACUAUAACUUUUCAAUGUCUCAAUUCCAUGUACCAAAGUCUGUAUUACUUAUCUAUUGCCGUGUAACAAAUUGUCCUAAAAUUUAGCAGCUUAAAAGAACAGUAAACACUUAGUAUUUCACAUGAUUUCUGCUGGUCAGAAAUUUGAGAGACCUUGGCUCUCACCACCAGGGAAGUCCGUCAGGUGGAUUCUUAACCACUGCGUCACCAGGGAAGUCCGAAAAACAUUCUUAAAGAACAUAACUUACCAAAACAAAGAGGAAAUAGAUAAUCAGAAUAGUCCUAAAGCUAAUAAAAAUUUUAUCCAUUAUUGAAAAUUCCCGGGACUUCCCUGGUGGCGUAGUAGUUAAGAAUCUGCCUGCCAAUGCAGGGGACAUGGGUUGGAGCCCUGGUCCAGGAAGAUCCCACAUGCUGUGGAACAACUAAGCCUGUGUGCCACAACUACUGAGCCUGCGCUCUAGAGCCCAUGAGCCACAACUACUGAGCUUGCGUGCCACAACUACUGAAGCCCACAUACCCUAGAGCCCGUGCUCUGCAAAAAGAGAAGCCACUGCAGUGAGAAGCCUGCGCACCACAAGGAAGAGUAGCCUCCGCUCGCCGCAACAAGAGAAAGCCUGUGCACAGCAAUGAAGACCGAAUGCAGCCAAAAAAUAAAUAAAUAAAUAAAUAAAAAUUUAAAAAUUCCCUACAAAGAAAAGUCUAGGCCCAGAUGGCUUAUCAGUAAAAUUUCCCAAAUAUUUAAAGAAUAAAUAACAUCUAUAUUACACAAAAAAUUCCAGGGGAUAGAAAAAGAUGAAAUUCUGUUCAGUUCAUUGGAAGAGGCCAGCAUAACCUUGACCACGAAACUUGAAAAACACUGUAAGAAAGGAACCUACGGGUCAAUUUCUCUCCUGAACAUAGAUACAAAAAUCCUAAAUAAAAUAUUACUAAAGCAAAGACAGCAAUAUAUAAAAAAGCUAAAUCUUACAUCAAGUUCAUUUUAUUCUAGGAAUGCAAAGUUGAUUUAACAUUCAAGAUAGAAUCUAAAGAAAGGGUACAAAUGAACUUAUUUACAAAACAAAAGUAGAGUCACAGAUGUAGAAAACAAACUUAUGGUUACUGCGGGUAAGGGCGGGGAGGUUGGGACUGACAUAUACACACUACUAUAUAUAAAACAGAUAACUAAUAAGGACCUACUGUAUAGCACAGGGAACUCUACUCAAUACUAUGUAAGGGCCUAUAUGGGAAAAGAAUCUAAAAACAGAGUGGAUAUAUGUAUAUAUAUAACUGAUUCACUUUGCUGUACAUCUGAAACUAACACAACAUUGUAAAUCAACUAUACUCCAAUAAAUUUUUUUUUAAAUUCCAAAUAAAGGAUAAAAUAUAUAAUUGUCACAAUUGAUGGAGAGUAAGCAUUUGAUAAAAUUCCAUAUCCACUCAUGAUUUUUAAAAACCUUUGCAAACUAGUGAUAAAAAAGAAUAUCCUUAAUCUAACAAAAGAUAAAUACAAAAACUUUACAGCAAGCGUCAUAUUUAUUGGCUUUAUUAAAAUCCAAUAAAUAGUAAAAGUGUUCUCCCUGAGAUCAGGAAUGAAGCAGGGUUGUCCUCUAUCACAAUUUUGUUUUGAUAUUGAACUGAACAAUUUGUAUUCAAUAGUGUGUAAUAGGCAGGAAGAAGAAAUAAGAGGUAUUGAAAAAGAUGAAACAACACUUUUAUUAUUCACAGACAUGAUUGAAUACAUAGAAAGUCCAAAAUGAAUCUACAGAAUUAAUAAGUUAAUUUUACAAGGACCUGAAUACAAAGUUAAUGCAUAAAAAAUAAAUUAUUAGAAAAGAUCAUUAGAAAAUGAAACAUCAAAUGAUAGCAUUUCUACUGGUAUCCAAAAUUAAUGAAUUCUAAUGAAAGAUGUAUAUGAAAGCUACUACAUAAUACUAAAACAACUAAAGAAGACUAAAUAAAUAGUUAUAUUAUUUUCAUAGAUUGGAAGUUUCAAAAUUAUAAAAAUUCAUUCCAUUUUGAUCUAUAGAUUACAUUCAGUCCCACUCAAAUUCCCAGCAGUUUGUCUUUGGAAAUUGCAAGCUGAUUUAAAAAUUAUUACAUAUUUUGGGGGCUUCCCUGGUGGGGCAGUGGUUGAGAGUCCGCCUGUGGAUGCAGGGGACACGGGUUCGUGCCCCGGUCUGGGAAGAUCCCACAUGCUGUGGAGUGGCUGGGCCCGCGAGCCAUGGCCACUGAGCCUGCACUUCUGGAGCCUGUGCUCCACAACGGGAGAGGCCACAACAGUGAGAGGCCCGCGUACCGCAAAAAAAAAAAAAAAAAAAAAUUAUUACAGAUUUUUUAAAAAGGCCCUCCCCAAAUCCUGUCUUUAGCCAAAGGAAUGGCAAAGGGUGGCCCAGGAGAAUAGAAAAUCUUUGGACAAUAUUCACACUACCACAAACCACCAUAUCAAAAAUUGCAGUCAGCAGUCCCAAAUGAGGAACCUAGAGUUCCAACCCAUCCAGCAGUAAUGAGGCACCAUUCUCCCUCCCUGCAGAAGCUGAGUGGAGGGUCUAGACUUCCAUUCCUGCCUGACAGUAACAAAGGGCCCCUCUGGAUACCCAUGAUGUCAGUAGAGGCUGAAUCAAAAGUCUAAAUUUCUACCCCUACCCAGCAGUAAUGAAGCAUUUCUCCUCAUGUAGGCAGAGGCUGAGUGGAGAGCAUAAACUUUCACCCCUAUCCAGUGGAAAAAAGAGGUGUCCUCCCUUACCCCACCAGCAAGGUGUCAUUGGAGGCCUGCUAAAAGACAAGAUUUAAAUAAGAUCCAGAAAAUCAUAAAAUAAUACCCAGUAUGUCCAGGAUACAAUAAAAAAAAACAGUUGUCAUACCAAGAACCAAGGAAAGCCUCAACUUCAAUGAAGCAACACCAAAUGAACACCAAAAUGACACUGUUGGAAUUAUCUUAGAAAGAUUUUAAAGCAACCAUCAUAAAAAUACUUCAAUGAGAAAUUAUAAACAUGAGUAAAACAAGUGAAAGAAAGGAAAUCUCAGCAAAGAAAUAGAAGAUAUAAAUAAGAACCAAAUUCCAUUUCCAUGGAAAUCUAAAUUUCCAAUUUAGAACUUAAAAAUAACUGAAAUUUAAGACUAACUGGAUCGGCUAAAAUAGUACAAAUGCAGAUGACAGAGGAAAGAAUAUGUGAAUGUGAAGAUAGAACAAUAGAAGCUACCCUAUCUAAACAACAAACAGGGAGAAAAGGGACCAAAAAAAAAAAAAACCCAAACUAAACAAACAAAGAAAACACCACCAACAACAGCUAAAGAAAACAAGAAAAACCUCAAAAUCCCCAAAACCUCAGGUACCUGUGGGACGAUAACAAAAGAUCUAACAUUUGUGUGAUCAGAGUCCCAGAAGAACAGAAAGAGAAUGAGAAUUUUUAAAUUAAAAAAAAAAAAGCUAAAUUUCCCCCAAACUAGGUGACAGGCAUAAACCUACAGAUUCAAGAAGCCUAGCAAAUAAUUCCUAACAAGAUGAACCCAAAGAAAUCCACACAGAGAACAUCAUAAUCAAAACUUUUGUAAACUAAGAAUGAAGAAAACAUCUUGAAAGCACCUAGAAAGAAAAUAUACAUUACCUAUGGGGGAAUAAGAAUUCAAAUAUUAGACUUCUCAUGAGAAAUCAUGGAAGCCAGAAAGGAGUGGCACACUUCAAGUGCUGGAAGAAUGGUCAGCCAUGAAUCUUUAUCCAGGGAAAAUAUCCCUCAGGAAGGAAAGUUAAAUAAAGAUAUUUUCAACAGAGGUAAAACUAAGAAUUUUUGUCAACCAACCUAUUCUAAAGAAUAAAGCAAGUUCUUGAAAAAGAAAGGAUCUUGAAAAAGAAACUUUGGAAUAUUAGUAAUGAAAAAUAGGAAAAUGAAAAGGGUAAAAAUAUGACUAAAGGUAAUACACUAUCCUCCUCUUGAAUUAAAAAAAAAUUCUGUUUGAUGGUUGAAGCAAAAAUAAAAUUGUCUGAUGUGGUUCUCUGUGCAGGUAAAGGAAAUAUUUAAGACAAUUUUAUGAUGAAGGAACAGGGUAAAGGGAUCUAAAUAAGGUUUCAAAAUUUUGCUCAAAAUGGUAAAAUAAAAGCAGUAGACUGUGGGCUUCCCUGGUGGUGCAGUGGUUUAGAAUCUGCCUGCCAAUGCAGGGGACACGGGAGCCCUGGUCUGGGAUGAUCCCACAUGCCAUGGAGCAACUAAGCCCAUGCACCACAACUACUGAGCCUGUGCUCUAGAGCCCACGAACCACAACUACUGAGCCCACAUGCCGCAAUUGCUAAAGCCCACAUGCCUAGAGCCCGUGCUCCACAACAAGAGAAGCCACCACAAUAAGAAGCCCACACACUGCAACAAAGAGUAGCCCCUGCUCACCGCAACUAGAGAAAGCCUGCACACUGCAACAAAGACCCAACACAGCCAAAGAUAAAUAAAUAAAAUAAAUAAAAAUUUUUUAAAAUGCAGUAGAUUGUGAUCAGUUUUGUAUGUAUAAUGUAAUAUCUAAGCAAUCUCUAAAAAUCACUACAGAAAUCUAUCAACAGAGUGAAAACACAAUCCACAAAAUGAAAGAAAAUAUUUGAAUAUAGCUCAUAAGGAACUGCUAUCCAGAACUCAUAAAGGACUUCUAUAACCCAACAAAAAUGAAACAAACAAGUCAAUUAAAAAAUGGGCAAAGGAAUUGAAUAGACUUAAUCCAAAGAACAUAUAAAAAUGACCAAUAAGCACAGCAAAAAUGCUCAACAUCAUUAAUCAUUAGCGAAAUGCAAAUCAAAACCACAGAAUUCCCUGGUAGUCCAGGGGUUAGGACUCUGCACUUCCACUGCAGGGGGCACAGGUUUGAUCCCUUGUCAGGGAAUUAAGAUCCCACAUGCUGUGGUGUGGCAAUAAAUAAAUAAAAAUAAAAAACAUUAAAAAAAAGAGACUUUAUAAAAAAAACACACAUUGAGAUACCACUUCACAUCUUUUAGGAUGGCUAUUAUCAAAAAAAGAAAGAAAGAAAAAAAAUAACAAGUGUUAGUGAAGAUGUGGAGAAAUCUGAACCUUUGUGCAUUGCUGGUGGGAAUUUAAAAUGGUGCAGCCAAGGGAAUUCCCUGGUGGUCCAGGGGUUAGGACUCGGUGCUCUCACUGCCAGGGGUCCGGGUUUGAUCCCUGGUUGGGGAACUAAGAUCCCACAAGUCGCAUGGUACAGCCAAAAAAUGGUGCAGCCACUGUAGAAAAUGGUGUGACAACACCUCAAAAAAUUAAACAGAAUUCCCAUAUGAUCCAGCAAUUCUACUUCAAAGUAUAUAGCCCAAAAAAGUGAUAGCAGAAACUUGAAUAGAUAUUUGUACAUCCAUGUUCAUAGCAGCAUUAUUCACAAUAGUCAAUAGGUAGAAGCAAACCAGUGUCCAUUAAGCAGAUGGAUAAACAAAAGUGGUAUAUGAAAAAAAAAAAGUGGUAUAUAUACCUAGGAAUAAACCUACCUAAGGAGGCAAAAGACCUGUACUCUGAAAACUGUAAGAUGCUGAUGAAAGAAAUUAAAGAUGACACAAACAGAUGGAAAGAUAUACCAUGUUCUUGUUUUUUUUUUUCACCUUUUCAAGAACUUUAUUUUAGAAUUGACCUUUUCCCCCCUAUAUAUAUAUAUAUAUAUAUAUUUAACAUCGUUAUUGGAGUACAAUUGCUUUACAAUGAUGUGUUAGUUUCUGCUUUAUAACAUAGUGAAUGAGCUAUACAUUUACAUAUAUCACCAUACCUCCUCCCUCUUGCGUCUCCCUGCCACCGUCCCUAUCCCACCUCUCUAGGUGGUCACAAAGCACCGAGCUGAUCUCCCUGUGCUAUGUGGCUGCUUCCCACUACCUACUUUACAUUUGGUUAUAUAUAAGUCCAUGCCACUCUCUCACUUUAUCCCAGCUUACCCUUCCUCCCUCCAUGUCCUCAAGUCCAUUCUCUACAUCUGCGUCUUUAUUCCUGUCCUGCCCCUAGGUUCUUCAUAACCAUUUUUUUGUUUUAGAUUCCAUAUAUAUGUGUUAGCAUGCAGUAUUUGUUUUUCUCUUCCUGAUUUACUUCACUCUGUAUGACAGACUCUAGGUCCAUCCACCUCACUACAAAUAACUCAAUUUCGUUUCUUUUUAUGGCUGAGUAAUAUUCCAUUGUAUAUAUGUGCCACAUCUUCUUUAUCCAUUCAUAUGUCAAUGGACACUUAGGUCGCUUCCAUGUCCUGGCUAUUGUAAAUAGAGCUGCAAUGAACAUUGUGGUACAUGACUCUUUUUGAAUUACGUAUACUGUGUUCUUGGAUUGGAAGAAUCAAUAGUGUUAAAAUGACCAUACUACCAGGAAUACCCUGGAGGUGCAGUGGUUAGGACUCCGUGCCUCCACUGCAGGGGGGCAUGGGUUUGAUCCCUGGUCAGGAACUAAGAUCCCACAAGCCAUGCAGCACAGCCAAAAAAAAACCCAAGGCAAUCUACAGAUCCAAUUAAAUCCCUAUCAAAUUACCAAUGGCAUUUUUCACAGAAAUAGAACAAAAAUUUUUUAAUUUGUAUGGAAACACAAAAGACCCUGGAUAGCCAAAACAAUCUUGAGAAAGAAGAACGGAGCUGGAGGAAUCAUGCUCCCUGACUUCAGACUUACUACAAAGCUACAGUAAUCAGAACAGUAUGGUACUGGCACAAAAAUAGACAUAAAGAGCAAUGGAACAGGAUAGAAAGCCAAGAAGUAAACCCAUGCACUUAUGGUCAAUUAAUCUAUGACAAAGGAAGCAAAAAUAUACAGCAGAGAAGAGACAGUGUCUUCAAUAAGUGGCGCUGGGAAAACUGGACAGCUAUGUGUAAAAGAAUGAAAUUAGAACAUUCUCUAACACCAUAAACAAACACAAACUCAAAAUGGAUUAAAGACCUAAAUGUAAGACUGGAUACUAUAAAAUUCCUAGAGGAAAACCUAGGCAGAACACUCUUUGACAUAAAUUGCAGCAAUAUUUUUUUGGAUCCAUCUCCUAGAGUAAUGAAAAUAAAAACAAAAAUAAACAAAUGGGACCUAAUUAAACUUAAAAGCUUUUGCACAGCAAAGGAAACCAUAAACAAAAUGAAAAGACCUUGUGUUACACUGGGAGAAAGUAUUUUCAAAUGAUGCUACCAACAACAGAUUGAUUUCCAAAAUAUACAAAGAGGUCAUAUAGCUUAAUAUAAAAAAAAACACAACCUAAUCAAAAAAUGGACAGACCUAAAUAGACAUUUCUCCAAAGAAGACAUAUAGAUGACCAACAGGCACAUGAAAAUAUGCUUGACAUUGCUAUUUAUUAGAGAAAUGCAAAUCAAAACUACAAUGAGGUAUCACCUCACACCGGUCAGAAUGGCCAUCAUUAAAAAGUCCACAGGGCUUCCCUGUUGGCACAGUGGUUAAGAAUCAGCCUGCCAAUGAAGGGGAAACGGGUUCGAGCCCUGCUCCAGGAAGAUCCCACAUGCCAUGGAGCAACUAAGCCCAUGUGCCACAACUACUGAGCCUGUGCUCUAGAGCCCGCGAGCCACAACUACUGAAGCCCACGUGCCUAGAGCCCGUGCUCUGCAAAAAUAGAAGCCUGCGCACCAUAAUGAAGAGUAGCCCCUUCUCGCUACAACUAGAGAAAGCCCACGUGCAGCAACGAAGACCCACCACAGCCAAAAAUAAAUAAAUAAAUAAAUAAAUUUAUAUUUUAAAAAAGUCUACAAAUAAUAAAUGCUGGAGAGGGUGUGGAGAAAAGGGAACUUUCCUACACUUUUGAUGGGAAUGUAAGUUGGUGCAGCCACUAUGGAAAACAGUAUGGAGGUUCCUUAAUAAACUAAAAGUAGAGUUGCCAUAUGAUCCAGCAAUCCCACCCCUGCGCACAUAUCUGGAGAAAACUCUAAUUCGAAAAGACACAUGCACCCCAAUGUUCAUAGCAGCACUAUGUACAAUAGCCAAGACAUGGAAGCAACCUAAAUGUCCACUGACAGAUAAAUGGAUGAAGAAGAUGUGGCAUAUAUAUACAAUGGAAUAUUACUCAACCAUUAAAAAAGAAUGAAAUAAUGCCAUUUGCAGCAACAUGGAUGGACCUAGAGAUUAUCAUAGUAAGUGAAGUGAUACAGAGAAAGACAAAUAUAUGAUAUCACUUAUAUGUGGAAUCUAAAAAAAAUAAUACAAAGGAGCUUAUUUACAAAACAGAAAUAGACUGGCAGACAGAAAACAAACUUAUGGAAUGGAGGGGUGGGGUGGGGUGGGAGAUAAAUUAGGAGUUUGGGAUUAACAUACACACACUACUAUAUAUAAAAUAGGUAAACAACAAGGACAUACUGUAUAGCACAGGGAUCUAUACUCAAUAUCUUAUAAUAACCUAUAAUGGAAAAGAGUCUGAAAAAGAAUAUAUAUGAAUAACUGAAUCACUUUGCUGUACACGUGAAACUAACACAACAUUGUAUAUUAACUAUACGUCAACAAAAAUUUUUAAAGCAAUGUAUGUAUAGAUAUAUAUGUGAUAUAAUAAAAAAUAAAUAUUUGUACUUUGUUCCUAGUUUCUGGCACAGAUUUCCUAAAACUCUUGGAAUCUCCUACGUGAAAAGAGUGUCUCUUGUAUGCAAGUGAGAUUACUCAUGGGGUGGGGGGUUGCACCUAGAUAUCUUCAGGAUGGGGACUGGUCGUCAAAAAAACUAACAACUGAUUAGAAGGCUAAAACUUUCAGCCUCAUUCCCAAACCUUGGGGAGCAGGGAGGGGCUGGAGAUUAAAUUCAAGCAUCAGUGGCCAACAAUUUAACCAAUCAUGCCUAUGUAAUGAAACCUUCAUAAAUAUCUCUAAACAACAAGGUUCAGUGAGCUUUCAGAUCAGUGAACACAUCAAUGUGCUGGGAGGGUAGCAUACCUGGUAAAGGCAGGGAAGCUCUGCAUCACCCCACCCCCACGUCUUUCCAAUACAUCUCUUUCAUUUGGCUGUGCCUGAGUUGUAUCCUUUAUAGUAAAUCAGUAAAAGUAAGCACAGCACUUUCCUGAAUUCUGUGAGUUGUUCUAGUGAAUUAUUGAACCUGAGGCAGGAGGUGAGGGUUGUUGGAACCCCAAAAUUUUCAAUAGGCCAGGCAGAGAGUGGCUAAUUUGGGCACUGCAUUUUCAGCUGGGGUCUGAAGUUGGGGCAGUCUUCUGGAAUUAAGUACUUAACCUGUGGGGUCUGCACUAACUCCAGGAGUUACCGUCAGAAUUGAAUUAUUGGACAUCCAGUCAGUGUUGGAGAACCAGAAUGAACUGGUUGGUGCUAGAAAAAGACACAUAUAUUUAGUGUCAGAAACACUUUACACCAUACAAUGGAAUAUUAUUCAGCCUUAAAAAUGAAAGAAAUUCUGACACAUGCUGCAACAUAGAUGAACCUUGAAGACAUUAUGCUAAUAAGCCAGUCAUGACAGAACAAAUAUGGUAUGAUUCUACUUAUAUGAGGUACCUAAAGUAGUCAAAUUCAUAGAGACAGAAAGGGGCUGGGAGGAGGGAGACAAGGGGAGUUAGUACUUAAAUGAGUAGAGUUUCAGCUGGGGAAGAUGAAAAAGAUCUGGGGAUGGAUGAUGGUGAUGGUUGCACAACAGUGUGAAUGUAUGUACUUAAUGCCACAGAACUAUAUGCUUUAAAAUGGUUAAAAUGAUAAAUUUUAUCUUACGUAUAUUUUGCCACAAUUUAAAAAAAAAGACUAUUUCUAAAAACAUUUUAAGUUAACAAAUUAUCCACAAAAACUACCAGAGCUAAAUCAAGAUGAAAUUCUAAAAAGUGUUCAAGUAACCCAUAAGACGUCAGGAAAAUGGGGAGGUGGGGAGAACAAAAUAGAGAGGAAACAAACAGAAAAAAAAAAAAAAGCAGAUUAAAGCCCUAACCUACCAAUAAUAACAUGAAGUGUAAAUGGUCUAAUCCAUCAAGAAGACAUAGCAAUCCUAAACAUGUAUGGUCCAAAUAAUAGAGGUUCAAAUGCAUGAAGCAAUAACUGAUGGACCGGGCUUCCCUGGUGGCGCAGUGGUUAAGAAUCCACCUGCCAAUGCAGGGGAGAUGGGUUCGAGCCCUGGUCCAGGAAGAUCCCACGUGCCGAGGAGCAACUAAGCCCACGCACCACAACUACUGAGUCCACGUGCCUAGAGCCCAUGCUCCGCAACAAGAGAAGCCACUGCAAUGAGAAGCCCACGCACGGCAACGAAGAGUAGCCCCCGUUUGCUGCAACUAGAGAAAGCCCGCAUGCAGCAAUGAAGACCCAAUGCAGCCAAAAAUAAAUAAACAAAAUAAAUAAAUUUAUUAAAUAAACAAAAAACUGAUGGACCGAAAUGAGAAAUAGGUAAAAGCAUAACUAUAGUUAGAAACUUCAAUAUCCCUCUCUAAACAAUGUACAUAACUAUUAGAUUAAAAACAAAGAUAUGGAAUAUCUGGAUAACACCAUUAACCAAAAGGAUCUAACUGAAAUUUAUACAACACUCCACCAAACAAUGGAGUAGAAUACACAUUCUUUUUAAGCAUCAAUGGAACACCUACCAAGAUGGACCAUUUUCUGGAUCAUAAAACAAACCUCAGCAACUUUAAAAGAAUUGAAAUAAUACAGAAUAGGCACCCUGAUCGUGAUGGCAACAAACUAGAAAUCAAUAGCAGAAUGAUAAUAGGGAGACAUACAAACACUUGGACAUUAAGCAACACAAAUCUAAAUAAUCCAUGGAUGAAAAAAGAAGUCUCAAGAGGAAUUAAAAUUCAUUAAACUGAAUAAAAAUGAAAAUACAACAUACCACAAUUUGUGGGACAUAGUUAAAGCAGAGAGAAAGGGAAAUUUACAGCAGUAAAUACUUAUAUCUCAAGAAACUAGAGAAAGAGCAAAACAAAAUCAAAGCAAGCAGAAGAAGGCGAAUAAUAAAGAUAAGAGCAGAAAUCAAUGAAAUUGAAAAUACAAUAAGAGAAAAUUGAACAAAAAAGUGCCUCUUUGAACAGAUCAACAAUCUUGAUAAACCUCUAGCAAGACUGACAAGGGAAAAAAAAAGAGAGAAGACACAAAUUACCAACAUCAAGGAUGAAACAGUGGCCACUACAGAGCCCACAGACUUCAAAAGGAUAGUAAGAGAACAGGUCAAACAACUCUACACACAUAAAUUCAACAACUUAAAUAAAAUGGAUUAAUUCUUUUAAAAAAAACAGAUUAAUUCUUUAAAAAAAAACCAAACUAUUAAAAUCACCCAAAACAAAAUAGGUAACUGAGUUCCUAGUUUAAAAUAAUCCUUAAAAGUAAAUCUCUAGAUCUAGAUUGUUUCAGUGGACAAUUCUACCAAAUAUUUAAAUAAGAAUUCACAUCUAUUCUACAUAAUCUCUUCAAGAAAAUACAAGAAACCCUUUCCAACUCAUUUUAUGAGACCAGUAUUACCAUAAUACCAAAACCAAAACAAACAAAACAACAAAAAAAUGGAAAAAAAAAGAAAAAGACCAUACUUAAAAAAAACCUGUCAAGGAUAUAGACACAAAACUCUUCAGCAAAAUAUUAGCAAACAGAAUCUAACCAUAUAUAAAGAGAAUUAUGCACUAUGACUAAGUGGUGUUGAUUCUGGGAAUGCAAGAUUGGUUCACUAUUUGGAACACAGUUGUUGGAAUCUACCAUAUUAAUAGGCUAAGGAAGAAAGUCACACAAUAAUAUCAAUUAGUGCACAAAAAGCACUUGACAAAAUUCAACACUCAUUCAUGAAAAAACACUCUCAGCAAGUUAGGAAUAGAGGGAAAUUAUCUCAACCUGAUAAACAGCAUCUGUGAAAAUCCUACAGCUAAUAUCAUAACUAUGACUGAGUAUUUUCCCCCCUAAAAUUGGGAACAAAGCAAGGAUGUCUGCUCUUACCACCCUUAUGCAUCAUAGUACUAGAAAUCAUAGCCAGUGCAAGAAUGCAAGAAAAGGAAACUAAAGGCAUACAUAUUGGAAAGGAAGAAAAUCCCUAUUUGCUGAUGACAUGACUGUCUAGGCAGAUAAAUCUACAAAAUUCUCAAUGCAUUGAGAAAAUUCAUUUCUCAAUGAAGCUACAAAAAAACACACAAAACUCCUAGAAUAAGAAAGUUCAGUAAGGUUGCAAGAUGCAAGAUCAAGAUAUAAAAAGUAACUAUAUUUUACAUACUAGCAAUGAACAUGUAGAAACUGAAAUUAAAAUAAAAUACCAUUUGCAAUUGCUCCAAAAUACUUAGAUGUAAAUUUAGCAAAACCUGUACAGAAUCUGCUUUGCUAUAUGCUUAAAACUACAAAACAUUGAUGAAAGAAAUAAAAGAUCUAAACAAAUGGAAAGUCAUGCCAUGUUCAUGGAUUGGAGGACUCAACGUGGUAAAGGUGUCAAUUUUCCUAAACUGAUCUACAGAUUUAACACAUUUCCUAUCAUAAGCCAAGUAAGAUUUUUAACAUACAGACAAGCAUAUUCUAAAAUGUAUAUGGAAAUGCAAAGGAAAUAACUAAAACAAGUUUGAAAAAAAUAAAAGAAUAAGUGGAAGGAAACAUUCUACCCAAUUUUAAGACUUUCUAUACAGCUACAGUUAACAAAAGUAUGAUAUGGACAAAUGGAUAAAUACACUGAACAAUGGAACAAAAGAGAGAACCCAGAAACAGACUCACACAAGUAUGCUCAACUGAUUUUUGACAAAGGUGCAGAAGCAUUUCAGUGGAGGAAGGAUAGUCUUUUCAACAAAUGGUGCUGGAAUAAUUGAAUAGACAUAGGUUAAAAACAAACAAACAAACAAACAAUAACAUCCUUCAAUCUAAACCUCACAUCUUAUACCAAUACAAAAAAUUUUAAAUGGAUCAUAGAUUUAAACUUAAAAGGUAAAACUAUAAAACUUUUAAGAGAAAAACAUAGGAGAAAAUUGUCAGGACCUAGGUCUUGGUGAAGAAUUCUUAGAAAUGACACUAAGGGACUUCCCUGGUGGUCCCGUGGCUAAGAUUCCGUGCUCCCAAUGCAGGAGGCCAAGGUUCUAUCCCUGGUCACGGAAUUAGAUCCCACAUGCUGCAACUAAGAGUUCAUAUGCCGCAACUCAGACCUGGCGCAGCCAAAUAAAUAAAUAUUAAAAAAAGAAAAGAAAAGAAAUGACACUAAAAGCAUGACAAUAAAAGAAAAAAAUUGAUUACUGGACUUCACCAAAAUUUAAAACCUUUGUUCUACAAAAGGCUCUAUUAAGAAGUUGAAAAGACAAGCUACAGACUGGGGGAAAAUAUUUGCAAACCAUCAAAAGGACAUGUAUCUAGAAUAUAUAAAGAACUCUCAAACCUCAGCAGUUUAAAAAGAAUCCAAUUAUAAAAUGGAUAAAAACAUGAACAGACAUUUCACCAAAGAGGGAUGUAUGGAUAGCAGAUAAGCACAUGAAAAGAUGGUCAACAGCAUUUGCCAUUAGGGAAAUACAAACAACCAAACAGAAACAGAAAACCACUACAUACCUAUUAGAAAAGUGAAAAUAAAAUCUAGUGAUAAUCCCAAAUCCUGGCAAGAAUGCGGAGAAACUGGAUGUCUUAUACACUGUCGAUGGGAAUGUAAAGUAAUACAGCAUCUCUGGGAAAUAGUUUGGCACUUUUUAAUAAAAAUAAACAUAUACAUACUUACCAUACUACUCACCAAUCACCACCAAAUGUUCACAAAAACUGAUACAUGAAUAUUCAUAGCAACCUUGUUUGUAAUAGCUCCAAACUGGAAACAUCCCAAAUGUCCUUCGACAGAUGAAUAGUUAAACAAACUGGUACAUCCACAGCAAUAAAAAGGAACAAAUUAUUGAUACACGUUAACAACUUGGAUGGAAUUCAAGGGCAUUGUGCUGUGGGGUAAGGAGGAGCCAUUCUCAAAAAGUUACACACUGUACAAUGCCAUUUAUAUAACUUCUUGAAAUGGCACAAUUAUAGUGACCAGGAACAGAUUAGUGGUUUCCAGCGGUUAGGGAUGGUAGUGGGAGGAUGGGGUGUGUGUGUGUGAUGAGACAAUAGAUAGUACGAGCGUUCCUUUGUGGUGAUGGGACACUUCUUUAUAUUGAUUGUGGUGGUGGUUACAUGAAUUUAUACAUGUGAUUAAAUUGUGCAGAAACACACACACACACGUGCAUGUAAAAACUGGUGAAGUCUGAAUAAGGUCUGGAGUUUAAUAGUAUUGUACCAGUGUUGGUUUCUGAGUUUUGAUAAAUGUGCCAUGGUAGUGUUAAGAUGUUAAUAUUAAGGGAAACUGGAUGAGGGAUAUACAAGGAGUUCUCUGUACUGUCUUUGCACCUUUUCUGUAAAUCUAACAUGAUUUCAACAUUAAAAGCUUUUUUUUAAAAAAAAGAAAAAAAAAUAGGGCUUCCCUGGUGGCGCAGUGGUUGAGAGUCCGCCUGCCGAUGCAGGGGACACGGGUUCGUGCCCUGGUCCGGGAAGAUUCCACAUGCCGCGGAGCAGCUGGGUCCGUGAGCCAUGGCCGCUGAGCCUGUGCAUCUGGAGCCUGUGCUCCGCAACGGGAGAGGCCACAACAGUGAGAGGCCCGCGUACCGCAAAAAAAAAAAAAAAAAAGAAAAAUUUAAUGUGAUUCCACUAGGCACCUUUAAAAUUAGAGAGAAUCUAGGUAGGCAAGGGUGUGGGGAAUACUCUUUAUCCCAUUGAUUUCAUUCUUAGUUUCAUAACCAGAAUAGAUACAUAAGUUCAAAAAGACAUGGUCUAGAAUGUUCGUAGCAACUUUAUUCAUAACAGCUAAAAUCAAAAACAGUCCAAAUACCUAUUCACAGAAUGAAUAAAUUGCAAUAUAUUUUUACAACAUAAUACUAUACAAUGGUAUGAACUACAACAUGCAACAAUAUAGAUGAAUUGCACAAACAUAAUGUUGGAUCAAAAAGCCAGACACAAAAAACUACAUAAUAUUAUAUAUUACACCAUUUAUUUGCAGUUCAAAAUCAGGCAAAAAUAAUCUAUGGUGUCAGGAUAACAUGUUCCUGGGAUGGUGGUAUAGUGAUGGGAAGACGGCAUGCAUGUAUGGGGCUCUAGUGCUGAUUUUCCAAUUCUUGAUUUCUACCUAUUGUGUGUGUGUUCAGUGUGUGAAAAGUAACAGCUAUACACAUGAUUUGUGCACUUUUCUAUAUGUAAAUUAUACUUCAAUAAAAAGUUUACCAAAAAGCAAACAAACACAAAGUGAGAUACCACUACAUACUCAUCAAGAAAACCUAAAAUUAAAAGGACUAACAAUAUCAAGUGCUGGCAAGGAUGUGGAGCAACUGAAAAUUUUGUUUACAGCUAGUAAGAUUAUAUAUUAGUACAAUCACUUUGGAAAAGUUUUGCAAUAUCUGUUAAAGCUAAAUAUACACAUAGCAUAUGAUCCAACAAUUCCACCCAAUUAUAUAACCAACAGAAAUGUGUACAAAUGUGUACAUAUGUGUUCUCCAAAGACAUUAUCCCAAACUGAAAAUAAUCCAAAUGUCCUUCAUUGCUGCUGGAGCCUAAGAUCAAUUACAGCCCAGAAUUGUAUAGAAGUUAACCUUCCUGUGGCAUCUCUCAGUGAAUGGGGAAGAGGAGCCCAUGGAUAAGUAUUCCAGCCUCCCAUUCUCCCAACCUUCAGAUAAUUCUGGGAAGCAUUAUGUGUCCAAUCUCAAUAACACACCUUUAUAUUGGCGUUUCCUUCUUAACUGUCUCACUCUCCCCACUUCAUCACUCCUGUCUCCUGGGAUCAUCCCCCCCAAGAAACUACUGCAUCCAAGUGUUUUCUCGGGGGAGCCCAAACUUCCACGAUACAAUACUAUUACAUCUACACAUAGUUCAAAGACAGACAAAAUCUAUCUAUGGUGACAGAAGUCAGAAUAGUGGUUACCUAGUGCUGUAAUGAUUGGAGAGGGCAUGAAGGAGGUUCCUGGGGUACUGGUAAUGUUCCAUAUCCUGAUCAGGGUGGUGCUUAAACAGGCAUGUUCACUUUGCAAAUCUUCACCAAACUGUAUGCUUAAAAUGUAUGCAUUUUAUAGUAUAUAUGUAUAUUUUUAAAAAUCAAAGAAUGCAGGUGUUGAGGUGUAGAAGAGAUGCUUACUAAUGGGAGAGUGGGCUAUGUAAGGGAAAUCAGACAUAAAGGUAUUGAAAGGUUAAUUGCAAUAGGUACAUCCAUCUUUCUGGAUAAUGCCUUUUCUCUCUCAUCCUUGGCAUCACAGAUUACUGAGGGAUUUGUUGCAGGCUGACACUGGGAGAGGAUUGUGAAACAUUACAGUGGAAGCAAAGGCACCGAAAUUCACCUGUUAGGAAAGCACCUCCUUGAGACAGGCACAGGCAUUACAACAUUCUUCCAGGUGUGCAGUGAAGUCAGUUCUUCAGCCUUGCUUGGCAUUCCUGCUGCCUGUUUCCAAGACUGCCUCACUCAGGGCUAACCCUCCCCACCUUCUUCCUUUCCCUUCUUCAUUCAUUCAUUCAUCCAACAUAUAUUUGUGUUUCAGAUACUAUGUUAAGCACUUGGGAUAUACUGCUGAACAGUAAUGGAUGUGGUUCCUGCUCUCACCGAGUUCCAUUCUAAAAGAAAAACUUUUAAUCAAAUAAUCAAUACAAAUUGAUGAGUGUGACUGUAAUCAGUGCUACAAAGAAGAGAUUCCUGGUUUUUGAGAGCCUAUUGGUCUACUUAGGAAAGCACAUUUCUUAGGAAAAAAGGUGUGUGGCCAUGUUGCAACUGAAUUGUGCCUGGGAUAUUCUGAAGCUGCUAAGUACCAAUAUUGCUUAAGGAAAAGAAUUAAAGAUUGCCAUAAAGUUGCCAAAAAAGGGAGCAGGGGGAGAACAUGGCUAGGGAACCACCAAUGAAGAAAAAAACACCCAAAGGGCACAACGCAAGGGAGGCAAAAUGAAAAACAAGUGUACAAAGGGCAGGCAGGAGGCUGCCAUCUUGGUGGAAAAAUGUUGAAACAGGACUUCAGAUACACCAAAGCUAAGACAAAACUUCUCAAGGUCUGUAGAGAUUUUGGGAAAACGAACCUUUGAGUCAUUUGCAGGAAGAAUGCAGAAUCCUUGAGAAAGUGAGGGACUCUGCUGAGGGUGUUAAUAUUUUGAAGGAAAGAUGUAUAUACUUACACUCAGGUGGAUGCUUAGGAGGACAAGACUGUACUUCAGACAAGUGCCUGUCACGUGCCUGAUCCCAGGCUGAGGGGGAGACAGCAGGGCCCCACCAGAAUGGAUCAGGAUUGUAUGCCCAGUUAAGAGGGAAUGAAAACACAGCAAACACUGAGGCUGUCUCCAAAAGUGUCAUGAGAAAACAAAGUGAGGAUGCUGCUAGACUUCCCCUGGGGGAGUAGAUGCUGCCAAAGGCUGUUCCUCUGCCCAAAGCAGAGAGAGUUGGAAUACCUCUAGCUGGAAAAACACUGCGGGUCAGUCCAAGAUGGGGGACCUGGAAAGGACAGUGCAGACCAUCACAGCAUUUCCAGCAGUUAUGCAGACAACCUCCUGGCAAUUAAACGCCAGCAACUUCUGGGACCUGGGAAUGACCUAGCUGCUGCUACCCAACAGCUUUUGUGAAGAGUGCAUAUAAAAUUCUGGGGAAAGAACAAAUUUGGCUGGAUGAGGAAACUAACAAAAAGUCAUCACACGCAGGUUCCAAGCAGGGAGAGGAAUUUUGUGGGUGAGGUUGGGCUGGAAGCUAGCUCUAGACAGCUAUUUAGCAGACCACCUGGUCCACUACAAGCUCUCUGGUUAGCGUAAUUUCUCCCAGCAAGACCAAGACAGUGUUUGAAGUAUUAUAUUCAUAACUCUGGAGCAAGUAUCCUUGAAGGCAGAGACAAAACAGGCAAAAAAACAAAAAAACCAUCAGACGUCAAGGUCCACUUCUAAGUUUGGAUGGGAACUAGUAAAGCUGUUAACCAAGGACCAAGCUGGAAAUCAGCAGGCUCACCUUCCUCCCACCCCCAAUGUGUCUCAUAGCCACGCCAGCAACUCAUUAUUGUGGCUUGUGUGGGUCUGCAAAGGUGAGUCAAUCUGUGUCAUUGAACCCCUUCCAGAUGAAGAAGUCCUUUUGGGAGGGACUCAUCUUGCAAUGGCGCUGCCAGGUGCUUAUGAGUCAUGCAGCCUCAAGGGAUGUGUAGUCGUUGUACUAUCCUGACGAAGAAUAAAUUUUACAAGGUAUUUGGAAAGUUUAUAUUGUCCGAAGUGGAAGAAAUGGUCUAAAAUAGGGGUUCUGGGUGCCCCAGGAACAGCAAAAGAAAAUGGGUGAGAGAGAAUGUAUUUUCUGUAUUCUUCCUACAUUUCUAAAGCCCAACCAUGUAGCAUAAAACAGCAGCAUUUCAGCUCUUAGCCAGGCAUUUUUCAACAAUGUGCUUUUCCAAUGAUUAGGUCUAUGAACCACUCUAGUACUCAGUGGACAGAAAGGAAAGAAAAAAUGAAGAUUUUUUUCCUCUUUUGUUAAGAGAGUAGGUGCUGACAGUAGGUUACCGUAAUUUGGAAAUAGUUUUUGUCAUUUUCUAGGAUUUGGGAUGUGGGUUCAAAUACACCAUUCCCUUUCCUAAGGUCCGAAAUCCAUGGAUGUUAAGUCAGAUCACAGAUUGAAAUGUUGGCAUCAUUUAAUAACUAUGGGGCUUUAAAGAUAUUUAAUCUCUCUGAAACCCUUUGGAACAGCAAUUACCACUUCCAUACAUAUGUAAUAGAAUUGUGUGAGAAUGAAGUAAGAUUGUAUAUGUUAAAGGCUUGCCUAGCAACACGCUGGAUGCAUUUAAAACUCUCUAUAAAUGGUAAUAUCUGCCUAGCCUUGGGCCACCCAGCCAAGUCAGUUUACCACUUAAAAAUAUAUUUUAUUCUACAAGAGGCCUCGCUAAAUCAAGGCGUGAGCAACAUGGAUUAGGCCUGCAGUUGUAGAUGUUCUCAUGCUAGGGAAAUCUUCAAUUUAGGGUCUAGGGAUGUUCCAGGCAAUGUUCAAUGUUCUAGGGAAGUCUUCAAUGCUAGUGCCUAGGGCCUGGAAAUAAUGAACUCAGGAUAUGAAACAUCUUGGAAACAGUCACAUUUGUUCACAUAAGUUUGUUAGUAAUCUGUAUCUGUACUUGUUUAGAAACUGCUCAGUAUUCUCUGAUACUACACUACCCAAGAAGGUAGCCACAUACUAUAUGUGACUAUUUAAAAGUAAAGAAAAUUAAAAUCCAAUUCCUCAUUUUUUUUUUUUUUUUU